AUGAAUCGCUGCGAUCGAUUAGUAGCAUUUACUGGUGCUUUACUUGGUAUAUUCGCUUUAAUUUUUGCUUGUAUAGCUUUAUCUUCACGUAAUUGGGAAAUAGAAAGUAGUACCGAUUAUUUUCGAUCAUCAUCAAACUACGAUCAACUUUAUCUAUCACGUACUAUCAGUUGUUUUAGUCUUAUUUUUAUUAUUAUUGGUAUAUGUACAUCAAUAUUAAUGAUUUUAAAACAUCUUUGGAAAUACUGGAAUUUAUUAGCAUCGGGUGCGUAUCUUCUUGCAUCUUUAGCUAUUCUUUUAGCUAUGUGUGAAGCUUCUCGAUUAAUACAUCAUAAUGGUUGGCCAUCAUAUAUCUAUGCCAUAGCAUUUAGUUUACUUUUGCUAGCUACACAAAUAAUGAGUGGUCUUGCUGGAAAAAUUAUUUUUUCUAAUUGA